GCAGUAAAACGUGCAUCGGGUGAACAGUGGUUUCUUCCAGCCAGAACUAAAGCGCUUCUGUACGAAUCAAUUGUUUUGUAAGAAAAUCCGUUCUUAGCAUAUCGCCUUCGCGAUUCGUCCUGUUGAAGUGUCACCUUCUGUGCCAGUGCGUAUAAAGGCUGACAACUUUCAUAUAUCAAACGAUUUGGUCUGUCCAGUUUCUUGUCUGAAGCCGUGAGAAUACUAAAACGAGAUGAUGAAGUCGAUAUUUUUCGGAAUCGUCGCGCUGAUGUUUGCGGCUGUUGUCAUGCAUCAGGAGCAAGCUUCUGCACAACUGACAGAUUCGGAUGCUGCAUCAACCACUGAUCAGUGGAACUACAUGAACAGGAGCUGCACGGCCAAACUGCAUGAUCAGAUCAACAAGGAAUUCGACGCAGCGCUCUUUUACAUGCAGUAUGCGGCUUACUUUGCCCAGUACCAAGUCAACCUUCCUGGAUUUGAAAAAUUCUUCUUCAAUGCCGCUGCCGAAGAACGAGAGCAUGGUAUUAAAUUGGUUGAGUACGCCCUGAUGCGCGGACAAAAGCCGAUCGAACCCAGUACAUUCAAUCUACAUUUCGGCAAACUUCAGCGCCCGGAACCUACCGAUGGGUCAGUGGCCCUAACCGCCCUUCAAGCCGCUCUAUCGAAGGAACAGGAAGUAACAAAGAGCAUUCGCGAACUGAUUAAGACGUGUGAAGAAGAUCAUAACGAUUACCAUUUGGUGGACUAUCUGACUGGCGAGUUCCUGGACGAACAACACGAAGGACAGCGCGAACUGGCCGGAAAGAUCGCAAUGUUGCGCAAAAUGUUGAACACGAACCCCCAUCUGGGUGAAUUCCUCUUCGACAAACAAAACAUGUAAAUCAUAAAACUGAACCCACGUUUCAUGUUGAAUGUCGCGGGCCUUUGUAAUGAUUUAGAAUUUCAAUAAACUCCCAAGUACCAUCAACCAG